AUGGAGUCAGACAAUUCUACUCAAAUUACAGAAUUUAUCUUAUCAACAUUUUCUGACCUCCAGAAAUACCAGACCGCACUUUUUGCGUUUUUUCUUCUCAUUUUACUUAUCACAGUGACAGGAAAUUUGGUAAUCAUUGUGGUGACUUACUGGGAUUCUCAGCUGCAAUCUCCAAUGUACUUUUUUCUGGGCAACUUGUCCUUUGUAGACAUUUGUCUGUGUUUGGUGACUGCUCCUCAAAUGCUGAAGAACUUCAUGGUGGAUCUAAAGAGAAGAGUAAUUUCGUUUGAAAGUUGCAUGGCCCAGAUCUACUUUUUCUUGACAUUUGCCAACGUAGAGGACUUUUUGCUUGCUGUCAUGGCUUAUGAUCGUUAUAUUGCCAUCUGUGACCCUCUUCGCUACGUGGUGGUCAUGAACAAAAGGCUUAGAUUUAAACUCAUUGCUAGUUGCUGGCUGCUUUCAACAGCCAAUUCAAUUUUGCACUCAACUUUGACUUCACAGCUUUUUUACUGCCGGUCCAACUUAAUCAACCACUUUCUGUGUGACAUGGUGCCACUCUUUACGCUCGCUUGCUCUGACACAACCAUAAAUGAAUUGGUCAUUUUCUCUGAAGGCUCCAUUGUAGUAGCAGGACCAUUUCUGUUCAUCUUAGUCUCUUAUAUCUAUAUUAUCUUGGCCAUUUUUAAAAUCAGCUCAGCAGAGGGAAGAAGUAAAGUCUUCUCUACUUGUUCUUCCCACCUUGCCGUGGUCAUAUUUUACUUUGGAACCAUUAUGUUUACUUACUUCCGUCCAUCUUCGAGCUACUCAUUGACAAAGGACAGGGUGGCAAGUGUAAUGUAUACAGUUCUUGCUCCCAUGUUGAACCCCUUCAUAUACAGUUUAAGAAAUAAGGAUGUAAAGCAAGCUUUACAAAGACUAAUGGCCAAAAUGAAUUCUGUUUAA